ACAUGUGAAGCUUAAGAAGGAUAUGUUCUAACUGAGCCAUGGAUAUCGGGACAAUGGAAUUCUCAAACAACAACGAAGUUGACUAUGAUAGAGCAAGUGAUCUCAAAGCAUUUGAUAACACAAAAGAUGGUGUUAAAGGACUUGUUGAUGCUGGGGUCACAAAGAUUCCUCGCAUAUUCCAUCACCCCCUUCUUCAUCAAGAUUCAGAUAAUUCAUGUGGCACACAACUCAGUGUUCCUUCAAUAGAUCUUGAUGGUGUUGGUGAAGAUCCAGCAAGGAGGAAGGUGGUGGUCGAGAAAAUCAGAGAAGCAUCUGAAACAUGGGGUUUCUUCCAAGUUGUUAAUCAUGGAAUAGCAAUGAGUGUUCUAGAGGAGAUGAAGAGUGGAGUGAAUGGUUUCUAUGAGCAAGAUUCUGAGGUCAAAAGGGGACUAUACACACGUGAUCCUUUGAGGCCUUUGGUGUACAAUAGCAACUUUGAUCUUUAUAGUGCACCAGCAGCUAAUUGGAGGGAUACCUUUUACUGCUUCAUGGCUCCUCAUCCACCAAAACCACAAGACUUGCCAUCAGUGUGCAGAGAUAUACUGGUGGAAUACUCAAAACAAGUCAGAAACCUGGGAGGUGUGUUAUUUGAGUUAUUAUCAGAAGCCCUUGAGCUGAAUCCAAGCCAUUUGAAUGACAUUGGUUGCAAUGAGGGACUUGUAGUUGUUUGUCAUUGCUACCCUGCUUGUCCAGAACCAGAAUUGACACUUGGUGCAACCAAGCAUGCUGAUGAUAGCUUCAUCACUGUGCUUCUACAAGAUCAUAUUGGUGGCCUCCAAGUUCUUCAUGAAAACAAGUGGGUGGAUGUGUCACCUCUACCUGGUGCUCUAGUAGUCAACAUUGGUGAUCUUCUACAACUUAUAACAAAUGACAAAUUCAAGAGUGUUGAGCACAGAGUGGUGGCAAACCGUGUAGGUCCAAGAGUAUCAGUUGCAAGCUUUUUUAGCACAAGUCUUCAGCCAUCAACAAAGCUUUAUGGUCCCAUAAAGGAUUUAUUAUCAGAAGAUAAUCCUCCUAAAUACAGGGAAACCACAGUGUGUGACUAUGUUUCCUACGCCUUUGCAAGAGGCCUUGAUGGAACUUCUCCUCUGCCACAUUUCAGGAUCAAAUAUCUCUGAUACACGUAUGAGGCUAUUUUUAACAUGUAUACAUAACUUUUUUUUAUUACAAUAAAGUACAAUUACAUGUAAGGACAUCAAAAUUACUAUUAGUGAAAAUUAUUUAAUAACAAUAAA